AUGGAGAGCUUGAAGGCGCAUUUCUCAUGGACCGUCGUCUUCAUGCUCGGGCUGCUCUCGUCGACGGGGCAAGGGUUCCUCGUGAAUCUCACCGUCCUGGAAGCCGCCGCCCGCAGAGGGGCAGGCAAGUCCAUGUUCCUACCAUGAAGAUUCAUCCUUUCUGAUAGGAAAUCGGCGAUGUUCUCUGCCGUUUCGCAAUGGUCUCUUAGCUGCUGAUCUGAACUCGCCGGUGAAAUGCUCUGUCCUCUGCAGUGUGCCUGGAUGGGAGCCCGCCUGCGUAUCAUCUCGCGCCGGGGUUCGGCCCGGGGAUGAACAGUUGGCUGGUCCACAUUGAGGUCUGAACCCCUCGACGAUGCCUCGGAAAUGUAUGAUCAUAUGCCUGUGCGAAUUGUCCUUGUCUCCAACACUCUGGGCAGCGAUCGCCCAAUGAGAGUCCCAGUUCAUGGGUUAUGGGAUCAUCUCUCUCUCUCUCUCUCUCUCUCUGUAUGUGUCUGAAUGGCUGCUGGUUAUUUCAGGGGGGAGGAUGGUGCCACAACAUCACCAACUGCUUCGCUCGCAAAGUGGGGAGACUCGGUUCGUCCAGGGCCAUGGGGAGCAUCGUCUUCUCCGGCAUCCUGAGCGACCGCAGAGACCUGAACCCAGGUGGGGCUCCUCGCCGCCAUACUUGCAACUCCGAUCAUCAGCCAAAUUCUCUCUCCAGCAUGAACCCUGCAUCAGCCUUAAUCCAUGGAGGAACACAGAGCUUUCCUUCUGAAUUAACCAGUCGUCUCAAUCUCCUCUUCUCAUUCGAGGAUGAACUUCUUCUAAGUGUGCCGCAUCUUCGAAAUCGUCUGAAUCUGCAGAGUUCUACAACUGGAACAGGGUCAAGGUCGCUUACUGCGACGGCUCGUCCCUGACUGGAGAUGUCGAUAGAGUAGAUCCCGUGAGUAAUCUUCUCGUUCCAGUAAUCCUUUUAGUCAUCAACGGCCGAUGCUCCGCCCUAUUCCUCUCAUGCAUAUCGAUAGAUGGCUGACUCGGGUGAGGAUCUGACCAGGCCACCAACCUUCACUUCAGAGGAGCCCGGAUCUUCGACGCGGUGAUGGAAGAUCUGCUCCGACAGGGAAUGAGAUACGCCGAAAGCGUACGUGCCCUAAAUGUCCAUAGAUCGAACGAAACCAGCGGUGGUGAUAACGUGGCCGGGGAUUCUUGCAGGCACUUCUCUCCGGCUGCUCUGCCGGAGGGCUGGCGGCGAUUCUGCACUGCGACCGAUUCCGCGCCCUGCUGGCCGCCGCCGCCCGCGUGAAGUGCCUCUCGGAUGGCGGCUUCUUCGUCAACGUGUAGGUACACGAGAGAGAGAGGGAUGUUAGUAUAUUUCCGAGUUCUGACUCCUGGGCAUCGAUCGGCCAUGGCAGAAGGGACGUCACCGGAGCAGAGUAUAUGAAGAGCUACUUCAGCGAGAUCGUCGCGACCCACGUACGUUCCACCUCCGUUCCUCGACGAUCUCUGCCUGCAACUUCUUCCCCGUGCUUGUUAGGAAGGUGGGUAUCUGAGCCUCCCCCAUGGCUCCAAGCAGGGCGCCGCGAAGAGCCUCCCCUCGUCGUGCACCUCCAAGAUGAGCCCCGGCAUGGUGAGUGCAGUGCAGUGCAGUGCCUCUCUUCAGUGAUUAUUCUUGAUCCGAUCGGAGCGCGCUGACGUGGUGGCGAUCGAUGCAGUGUUUCUUCCCGCAGUACGUGGUGAAGCAGAUCCGCACGCCGCUCUUCGUCCUCAACGCCGCCUAUGAUUCCUGGCAGGUGGGCAUCCAUCCUCCUCCCUCCAUGACCUCCCUGGAUAUGGUGGCUACGUCUGCUACCAUUAGAGCAUCAUCAUCAACAUGUUCCGAGAUUUUCUCUCCCAUGCAUUCUGGGUUGGUACUACUAUUAUUAUUGUUACUACCAGGCAUCGAACGAGUACAAUAUCUACUUCUUCAGAUCUCUCAUCUACCCGGCUGAAAUCCUUUUUGACUUUUAGAUCAGGAACGCGCUGCUCUCACCGGGCUCUGACCCUGCGGGAGCUUGGAAGGAGUGCGCGUCGGACAUGAGCCUGUGCGACACCAGCCAGUUGGAAGCCCUCCAAGGUCCCUCCCUCCCGCCCUUCUUUUCGUGCUUACCUUUGCUUGACUAAAAGCUCGGAAACAAACCAGGCGGUUCCCAUUGAUUUCCGUGUUCGUGGCUCUUCGUGGGCAGCAUUCAGGAUGCAGUUCCUAGGCGCGCUGAGGGGCCUCGGGGCGAGCCCGGCCGCCGGCAUGUUCGUGAAUUCAUGUUUCGCUCACUGCCAGACGGAGAUGGCGGAGAUAUGGCACUUCGAUGGGUCUCCGGUCCUGGGGAACACGGUGAGCUCGCUCCUCGAACACAGUGGCGUUAGACCUGUUUCUUUACUCUCUUCUUUUUUUCCUUCGUUUCUAUCCGAUUUUUACGGGGGGAAGGAAUCAGAUCUGGUGGGUUUUUGAGGCUGGUGGCAUUGAAGCGAGACCACUGCCGCCUUAUCCGAAGGGGUGUGCGUUGACUUCGAAGGUGUGAUCUUGAUGCGCUGUUCUUCGCAGACGAUCGCCGGCGCCGUCGCGGAGUGGUUUUAUGAUCGGCGCCCCUUCAAGAACGUCGACUGCCCGUACCCCUGCGAUUCAUCGUGCCGCAACAUCAGAUACGUUCCAGAGGAGUUUCUUCCCGGGGAAAAUCUGCACCACAAGCUAAGGCAUCUGCUCAUGUGCUCCCCCGCGCAGUCAUUCUAUUUCUCAUGGGCUCGAGAGUUGACCCCCAAGAGCCGCUGA